GAUUUGUGUCGAGCCAGGAUUUUGUUUGUGCAUAUGUGUAUGACUAUGGUGCACAGUUAAAAUGGGGCUGGGAACUUUUGAAUCAUUUCAGGAGGGGGAAGAAUGGAGGCAAUAGUAUUUUAUAGUGUGCUUGCUUCUCCUAGCCGAAAGCAUAGUUCUUAUACCACAUUUCUGACAUUACUAGACUCUUCAUUUUAUUUAUUUAUUUUUUCUCAGAUGAGCCACCCUACAAUUUAGGGUUGAAUGAUCGAUUCUAACCCUGUAGAGCAGGAGAGACACAGAAAUGACCCCUUCCUAAAGUUUAUUUUCCUAGUCACUUAAAGUAUUGGUUGUUAUUGUACAAGCUUUUGGUUCUUUAUUAAUUCAAUGCCGCUUUUUAUGCUUACACAAUUAUAUUUAAUGAAUGUUUCACAGAUUUCUCAGUGUUUUUAUUAUGUAACAGUUGUAUUAUAAACUUCCUAUCAGUGGAAUAAAAAGGGCCUAUAAUCCCAGAGACGACUUAAUUUAGUAAAAACAAGUGAACAGAAUAUAUUUCUGCCAACAAUUUAGCUUUUUUAGUUGCAAAUAAGACUGUUUAGUGUGGUAACUACUUCAGGAUUGAAAGUGUGGGGAUAUUUAUUGACCUUAAAUAAUGAUCAGUGAAUUUUUUCUUAGUGUUUUUAAUUCUGUACAUUUUGGAGGGUUAUUGUCCACAUUAACUCUUAAAAUUAUUUAAUGUGGUGGCAAUACUAAAAUUUCGUAGACAGGAUUUUAAACUUGCUGAUUUAUUGUGGGGGGUGAGCAUGUCAGCUAUUUUCCUCCAGAGAGAACAGGUUUUGUCACCAGCCUUAUCAAAAUGAGUAAUUGAUUUUAAGCUUAUGUUUGAACAGUUAGCCACAUCCACCUGUCCCAUUUUUGUUAUGGUAUAAGUGAUAAAUUUCUUGUAAAGACUUCUUGUAGACCUGCAGUUCCAGUUACUGUCAGUCAUGUUUGCUGUGAAACUGAAUUUUCUUUCUCCAAAAGAAGGAUGACAUCACAUAAUGAUAAGACAUUGGUAACCUAGUUUUAAUUGUUACUAUCAGAAAUAGAGAAUGAAUGCUGCACUUUAAGGAGAUGGCUACUAAAACAACUGGUAUUAGGGAAAUAUAUUUUUGUCUUACUGUACCAAAUACGGGUUGUCUUACCACAUUAGUGAGGUUAACAAUUUGUUUAUAAGGUCAAGGAUGGUUUCAGAUGUCACACCCUGCUUAGCAGCUCUUCUUAAAAACUAUCAAUAAUUUAGUUUCCGAAAGUUGCAAAUGAUAAAAUAAGGCUAUUUGAAAGUAACCUCUAGGAAGAGCAAGUAUGUACAGCUUAAUGUUUUGUUUCCAUUUUGUGUAUUGUCCUUUGGCAGUUGAACCAUUGUUUGUACUCAGUGCCUGUUACUUGAAAGAUGUUUUAGGCCUUCUCUCUUUUUCUUGUUUUUAGAGUAGUCUUUGAGAUUAAUAGUUACAAAAUAUUUUUAUUAGUCUAAGUGGAUUUUUUAAAAAUGGCUAUUUUUUAAAAAUGGCUAUUUUUUUCCAAGUGCUUUUUCAUUAUUGUUCUCUCCUUAAGUAGUCACUCCAAAACUAUUUCCUUUUUUUUUCCCCUCAUGUUUUGGGAGCUAGAAUUACAACUCAUAACUUCUACUUUACCAAGAGCUUUGCCUAAAAUUUCUCUUGUUUUUAAUAAUACAGUCCUUAAAGAUUAGUGGGAUUUAUUUACCAAAAUUUGGAAGGGUCAUGUGCUGGCCUUUGUAUUUAUUUAUACUUUCAUUAAUCUACCUUAUGAUUUGUAAGUGAUAGGUUUAAAGUUUUUCUUGUUCCUAUUUUGUUAGUGGAUUUAUGCUGGAACCUGAGAUUAAUGGCUUUUUUUGUCAAGGGGGUUUUUGUGUGGACCUGAAUAUAUCCAUUUGCUCAUGAACAUUAGGGAGCUUUUUAUAUUUGGGGAAUAGCUACUCUCUUCUUUGGGUUCCCAGUAUCCUUUGCAUUUACUAGUAUAUGUAUUAGAUGCAUGUAUUUCCAUAUCUGUCUUCCCCUGUAGCCUUGUCUCAGGCCUCAUUCUUUGUAUUUGCCUUAGUGCUUGUAUAGUGUUGGGACAUAAUAGGAUUCAAGAAAUAUUGUUGAAUGACUGAAUGAGUAAAUUAAUAAUUGAAUGGCUGAGUGGUAUAUCUAAAGAAAUACUGUUUAGAUGUGUAUGCAAAGCCACUAUGCAAGCAGAAGGGUGUUUUCCUUUUUUGUAACCUAUUGCUUUUCCAUUGUUAUGUAUUUCUUUUAAGUAGUUUAACAACAUAACCACCAAACUGGGACACUUUUGAGAGAUAAAGGGGAUGCAGUAAUUAUGGCAGAGUACUACUGGCUGUGAACCCAGACAUAUGGUCACCCUACUUGGAAGGGCAUUGUUCUUUAUUUACCUAUGAUGAUUUCUAUCAUCUUACCUGAGAAAUUCGACACACUUGCUUGGGUAAUCUUUGCAAACUUUUCUAUUUGUAGAAGCUUCACUUGCAAAUGUUGGAUGUCUUGCUUAGUCACCCAUGGCUUCCCUCCCCAGAGGCUGCUUGGCAGUUCUUUGCCAUGCUUAAUUUUUCCUAUUUUUACUGCUCACAGGAUAAUUCACAGGGCUUUCAAUUUGCUUCAGCAAAAGUAUAUGCGACUUCUUUUAUCUGGAAGCAUCCUAUCCUAUCCCUUUUGCUCUCUUUACUUGUCUGUUUUUCUAUGCAGCAUUUAGUCCAUCUUUGUAAUGAUUUCAGUUGGGUUCUUUUCCCCUUUGCUGGACUGUUUUUCAGAGAUCUGUUGAUGUCUUAUGUUUCCAAGCCUUCAUGUUCAAAGCAUUGGCCAGAAUCAAUAACAAGUGUUUGAGAGUCAUAGAUUUUUGAAAAGUAUCCUAAAAAUACGUUAUUUGGAAGUAUCUGGAGUAGAGCAGAAAAAUUAUUAUGCCUGUGUUCUCUUGGGACUCACUAGAAAUUAUACACUGACAUCUUCUGGGAUUGUCUGUGGUAUUCCAUGGUACGGAUGGACCACAGUUUUUCAUGCAUUCUCCUUAUGAUGGACUUUUGGAUUGUGUCCAGUGUUUGGUGAUUAUGUACCUGCUAUAAACAUUCACACGCGUGUGCAGACUGGUGCCUAAAAUGGAAGUAGAUAUUAAUGGCGAGUCCAGAAGUACCCUGACCACCCUGCCUUUACCCGUGGCAGAGGCGAGCUCUCCGGGGAAGGCAGAGGCGGAGAAGCCCCGCUGCUCCAGCACGCCCUGCUCCCCGAUGCGUCGGACUGUAUCGGGCUACCAGAUCCUCCACAUGGACUCCAACUAUUUGGUCGGCUUCACAACUGGUGAGGAACUCCUGAAGUUAGCCCAGAAGUGCACAGGAGGCGAAGAGAGUAAGGGAGAAGCUGUGCCUUCCUUGCGCUCUAAACAGCUGGAUGCGGGACUUGCCCGAUCCUCUCGUUUGUAUAAAACCAGAAGUAGGUACUACCAGCCAUACGAGAUUCCAGCUGUCAAUGGAAGGCGGCGAAGGCGGAUGCCUAGCUCAGGAGACAAGUGUACUAAGUCAUUACCUUAUGAACCUUACAAGGCCCUCCAUGGGCCCCUGCCUCUUUGUCUUCUUAAAGGGAAGAGGGCUCACUCCAAAUCCCUGGACUACCUCAAUCUAGAUAAAAUGAACAUCAAGGAGCCAGCUGACACAGAAGUGCUUCAGUACCAGCUUCAACACCUAACCCUUAGAGGGGACCGUGUAUUUGCUAGGAAUAAUACAUGAGCCACUUGCAGAGAGUUCAAAUCAGUUUAGGUCAGCCUGCACUUGGCUAGAAAUGUCCACUGUUGUACUCUGUACAUGACUCUUCGCAUUAUAGAUGGUUAUAUCAGCUAAGUGUUCCUGGAACGUAAGAAUUGUUUGGAUCAAAUUUUGAAUACAGGAAUGAAAUCACAGGUACUUGGGGGGAAAUCAUUCUAGAGCACGCCACUGCAAAGAAAAUAGAAUGUUGACCAUUAGUUUGUAUAGCUUUUUAGCUAGGCAAAAAAAAGGGUUUGGUACACUAGUAUCAUCUUUAUGAUUCUGACACUCAAAUUGGGAAUGUUACCUGCUUGGUUGUUGCUGACUUGGUAUGAUUAAUUGGAAAUUUAAGUACUCGAGUACUUCUUUUACUCUCUGUAUUUUAUUAUAAAAUGUAUGUAAUGAUUUGUUUUAUGAAAUUGAGAACUUGAACAUUGCUGAAUUGAACCACUUUUUAUUUUUAAAUAUUGAGUUUAAAUAUUUUAUAACUGUUUUGCACUGAAAAAAAUUAACAUUUCAGAUUGAUGAGAGAAUAAUCUUUCUUCUUGCCUCAAUAAUAUUAUUGAGCAAUGGAUUUUUUUAUUUCCGCAUGGAAAGUUAUUGAUCUCCUCUAUGGUUGUAAAAUAUUUCUUUAUAGCGUCAUUAAAGUGUGUCUUAAUAAAAUUAAAUUUGGGAUACAAAGUAUUUAUUUUACAAUGGGUGGGGGGAAGCUUCUCCAGAAAGUUUCCAAUAUGAAGUCUUCAUAAGUUGAAAACAUUUCCUUUGUGCUUAUUUUCUAAUUUAAAAUUCAUCUGGAACUUUGAUGGAUAGGAUUCUUUAAUGUGGAUUGUAGGCAUAAUACUGUUUGCAUCUGAAUGUUCUGUAAGUGAAUGGAACUUUAAUAGAUGAACUCAUGAUUUCUCCUAUCGAAUGCUCAAACGGAGUAUGAAGUGAUAGCAUUCAGCAUGGCACUGGGUCAUUCCCAUUUUAGUUCUGUGCAGUAUAAGCACUCAUUAAAAUUCCAGUUUCUAGGAUUAGUGUAGAAGCCUAAAGUGCUUCUACAUUUUUAAUGGGUUAAUCCUGGAUUACUUAACAAUUUAUGUCAGUUGCACUGGUUUAAUUUGUUGCUAAAGAAAUAAUGCCCUGGCUUUAGUAACAAAUACAGCUCAACUAUUCUUGAAUAUAUUUUGGAAAAAAAAAAAAAAUGUAACUUACCUUUUGUAAAGGUUUCUUUUUUCUUUUUUUGACUUUUGAAGGUGCAGUUUAUUACUGAAUUGGCAUUUCUGGCAACAUAGAACUGCUUUUUAAAAAUUUUAUUUUGGGGGCUGUUAGUUUCUUAGGUGUUAGCGAUCUUGCUUAUAAAAUAGGAACACCUUUUAAUUAAUGAGUGGAUCAUUCCUGGUGCAAUUGUGACUUUUCUUUAACCAGAAUGAAUACCAAACUCUGUUUAGAGCAGAAUAAGUAUUAGAAAACCCUAGGCACUUUUAAUCAAUGUUUAUUAUACUUCUACUGAGGUGCGAACCAUGUGUAAAAGCCUUGGGAAAGUUGGCCCAUAUCUUACUGAAUUGAUGAGAUUUCUUGGUGGGCUGGAAAUUUUCAGCUGUUGUAUAUUUUAAAGUAAAUUGCACCUUUGUAACAUAUUGUAUUGACAAAUGAUCACUAAGAUGAACUAUAUCUAUACAGUCAUUAGUUUGACAAGAAAUAGAAUCCUGUCAGAUGCCAAAGAGUUGGGAUUUUUUGUUUAAUGAUUAAACACCGUUAUUUAUUGAUGAUUUACCCUGUGGAACUGUAUUAUUUCUAACUGAAAUAAAAGGGUGAUAUGAA